GAAAAGCCAGGUGUCAAAAUGACGGAGCGCUUUGACUGCCACCAUUGUAAUGAAUCUCUCUUUGGCAAGAAGUAUAUUUUGAAGGAGGAGAGCCCUCACUGCGUGGAGUGCUUUGAGACCCUCUAUGCCAACAACUGCGAGGAAUGCAAGAAGCCCAUCGGCUGUGAUUGCAAGGACCUGUCUUACAAGGACCGGCACUGGCAUGAGACCUGUUUCCACUGCUCCCAGUGCAAGAAUUCGCUGGUGGACAAGCCAUUUGCUGCCAAGGAGGAUCAGCUGCUCUGUACGGAAUGCUACUCCAACGAGUACUCGUCCAAGUGCCAUGAAUGCAAGAAGACCAUCAUGCCAGGUACCCGCAAGAUGGAGUACAAGGGCAGCAGUUGGCAUGAGACCUGCUUUACCUGCCAUCGUUGCCAACAACCAAUUGGAACUAAGAGUUUCAUCCCUAAAGACAAUCAGAAUUUCUGUGUGCCUUGCUAUGAGAAGCAAUAUGCCAUGCAGUGUGUUCAAUGCAAAAAGCCCAUCACCACCGGAGGGGUCACUUACCGGGAGCAGCCCUGGCACAAGGAGUGUUUUGUGUGCACUGCCUGCAAGAAGCAGCUGUCCGGGCAGCGUUUUACAUCUCGAGACGAGUUCGCUUACUGCCUGAAUUGCUUCUGUGACUUAUACGCCAAGAAGUGUGCAGGAUGUACCAACCCAAUCAGUGGAAUUGGAGGCACAAAGUACAUCUCCUUUGAAGAACGGCAGUGGCAUAAUGAUUGCUUUAACUGUAAGAAGUGCUCCCUCUCACUGGUGGGACGAGGCUUCCUCACAGAAAGGGAUGAUAUCUUGUGUCCUGACUGUGGGAAAGAUAUUUGAAGGCGAGACAAAGAAGUUACUGCUUG